AGUUUGCGCCAGAGCUUUGCCAGACUAACAUCUUCGCGGUUUGCCUAGGUCGGUCUCGGUUUGCGGUUACUCCUCCAAGUUGAGGCAAGAAAUUCAAACUAAAUCAUCACUUUGCACGCGGUUCUGUGAUUUUAUGUGUCUUGAAAGUGUUAAACUUUAUGCAACCGUCAAUUAGUGUGACCAGCGGGGAUUCGUGUUCGGUUUCGAAGGAAGUAAUCUGAAGGAAAUAUCAAUAGCAAUAGCGGCAACAUCAACGGUGGAAAAGCUACAAUAAGUGACAAGCAGCGACAGAAAAAAUGGCAACGAAAACAACAGUAAUCGUUUUAGCAUCGCUAUUGAUUGGACUCAGUGCGGCACAGCGACAGGACCAGGACGAUCCGUGCAAAACCAAAUCGAAGGUGGUGGGCGAUGUGACGUAUUGCGACCGAUACUGGGAGUGCGUCAACAAUCAAGCGGAGCUGUACGACUGCCCCAAUGGGUUGGUGUUUGCCGGAAAGCAUCGGGGCGUGACGGAAGGAUGCGACUAUCCAUGGAGGUCGGACUAUUGCGAGGGGAAGCAGUUGGCAAAUGGACCAAUUUCAACGGAGCACUGCGACUGGCUGUACGGUAUCUUCGGUCAUGAAACAUCCUGCACGCGCUAUUGGACCUGCUGGAACGGAACCGCCACCGAGCAACUCUGCAUCGGAGGUUUACUGUACAAUGAAAACGCUCACAGCUGCGACUGGCCCGAGAACGUUGACGGAUGUCAGAAGCACCCCCUCUGCAACGAUGAUGCUAAUGGAAACGUACCGCUAGGAAAGUCUUGCAACCGUUACUGGCAGUGUCAGGGAGGAUACCCACGACUUCAGCGGUGUCCAGCCAUGCUUGUGUUCGACCGACGAAGCCUGCGUUGCGUUGUGCCCCCGACCGAGGAUUGCGACGUCCCAACCACACCGCUGCCAUUCGAGGGUGAUCUGGAACAGGGCAAGGGUAAUGCCAUUUCGAAUCUGCCACCAGGCGCCAUCCAGGGUAAGCCAAGCGGAGGACGAAACAAAAACUAAACUCUCGUGAUAAUGACUGCACUGAGGAAAUGUUCGUUAGUUAAGGAUUUCCUCGUCGACAUCGGUCCCUUCGGAGCAACAGCAGCCCCAUCAGCAGUCCGAAACUAUAGGAUGUAACCCACAGUAACAACAGCAA